UGUAGUUAUAAAAAACAAGGCUUGACAUGUAUGUUUUUGGGCGCUUGAAUUCGCUUUAAUUUAAAAUGGCAAGAGUUUUUGGUGUUGGUGUGGGCAUUUUUGUCCUUGGUUUUCUGUGGGUACUUAGCCUGUUUAUUUGUAUUGUUUUAUCCAGAGCUGAAAGUGGACUUGCCAAACUGGGACCAGUUGCCAUUUUGGGGGCCAUUUUGUUGACAGUGAUUCUUGUAUUUAUUCCAAGAGAGCCGGAAUUCCCAACAGUAGAAGAAAUAAUCACGAAAUACGACUAUACAAUCAUAUACAGAUCGUCACUACUGGCAACGUUAGCCAUUUUCCUUGUGGUUGGACUACUGACGUUUGUGCUGCGUGUUGUGAAUGCUCCAGUUUAUGCGAAACCCAUCAGGAGAAGACGGCGAUAAAGAGGUUUUCGCCAGGAUGAGAUAAUACAGCACGCAAACCAAUAAUAAAAUUAACUGGUUGUCGUGUU